GUAAGAGAACAAACCAAUACUGCAACAGCAAGCUUAAGCCGAACAGUGCAAGCUUAAGCCGAACAGUGCAAGAGGCAGAACUUAGUGGUGAUGAGUUCAUAGAUGUUCCUUGGCUAACUGAUAACGAGGAUGAAGAAUGGCAAAGGCAAGGAAACAAAAUAGGCUGUUAAGGUCUCAAUUUGGUGGUAGGUUUGAAGGGGAAGAAGAAACAGCAUUGUUGUUAUUUGACCCAACACAAGAUGUUGUUGAAGGACAUAGUGAUUCCAUUGAUUUAGAUGACAAUGUUAGCUUUGUCACUACCAGCAAUGAUAGUGAGGCUGCUGAAGCUAGAAGGAGGAGGUCACAACACAAGAUCUUUGAUGACAGUUUCCUCAUUCUAGAAUUUGAAAUUGAAUUCAGGAGAAAUAUGGAAGAUAUUAAUAAGUUGAACCCUGCAACAAAAGAGUACCUCAUGCAAUAUGAUCCAAAGUACUGGUGCAAGGCAUUCCUUGAUACUCAUUGCAAAUGUGAUGCUGUUGAUAAUAAUAUGAGUGAGACCUUCAAUGGAUUUAUUCUUGAGGCAAGGCAAAAGGCUGCUAUGUCUUUGCUAGAGGACUUAAGGUGGAAGUGCUCAAAAAGAAUCAUAGCAAAACAGGCCUAUGUAGACAAAAGUUUUGUUGGAGAAGUUGGUCCAAAAAUUUGGGAGAAGAUUGAGGAGCAUAGGGCUACAAUGUCUAGGUGCUAUAUGUUAUCUAGAGCCCUUGUGGAAUAUGAGAUGAAAGAAAGAAAUGACUCGUUUGUGGUUAAUGUUCGUGACCAUACAUGCACUUGUAGGGUAUGGCAACUCAAUGGCAUUCCUUGUAGACAUGCCAUGCUUGCCAUCCAACAUAGAGAGGAAAACUUUGAAGACUAUGUGCACCCUUGCUACAGAAGACAAGCAUACAUUAACACAUACAAGCAUUGCAUAAUUCCUCUAGAUGGCAUGGAAAGAUGGGAAGAAACCGGCAUGCCUCCACUUGAUCCACCAGUGGAAAGGAAGACGACGGGCAGACCUAAAAAGAAAAGGCAUUUAGAAGAUUGGGAAAUUUCUAAUGGAUCUAACAUUAGUAGAAAGGGUAGGAUCAUGACCUGUCGAGUAUGCUUCAAACAAGGCCACAAUUCCAUAACUUGUCCAUCCAAAAAGCCAAAAAAUGCUGAAGAGUCAUCCUCCACUCAAGCAAAUGUUGUGAAUAACAAUUCCAUAAAAAUUGAGAUGCCUAUUGGAGAUGCAAGAGUUGCUGGAGUUGUAGAAAUGCAACUUCAACCGAAAAAUCAACAAGUUGCUGGAGAAAAUCAACUACUUGUUGUUGAUGAUCAACCAGAAAAUCAGCUACUUGCUACUGAUGUGCAAGAUCAAACUGGUAAUCUCAGUUCAAAUUUAAUGGGAAUUCAACAAGCCAAAAAAGGAAGGAAAAAUGAUGCCAACAAUUCUGUCCAGUGUCCACCUGAGCUACCACAAGAGUUCAGACGAAAAUGUCAACACAAAAGAAAGGCAAAACCCAUCAUUAAAGAACUAGUUGUUGAAUUUGUGAGUGGCACAAUUAAUAUUGAAGUCAAUGAAGGUACAAGUCAUGGUCAUCAAGUGCAUGUGCAUGGUAAGGGGAAAGCUGUUCAUGGCAACAAGGGGAAAGUCAUCCAAACCACCAAAAAGGUGAAUGAAAGUCGUAAGAAAAUGACCACAUUUGAAGGAUAUGGAGCCUAUUUCAACAUAGAGACUGGAUUGUGUAUUUUAGAUCUUGGACAGAAAAGUAGAAGAAUCCUCUCAAUCCCAAGGAAAAAACCAAAAGUUUCUGCAAAGGCUCCUGUAGAAUCUACUGUUUACACAACUGUUCAUGCCCCUAUUCACGCCACUGUUCAUACCCCUGGGAGUUGGGUUUUUGAUGAAACCUAUCCUCUCUAUGAUACCUCUUCUUGCCCGUUUGUGGAGAAAGAGUUCAACUGCCAGGGAAAUGGUCGCCCAGACAAUCAGUAUCUCAAAUAUAAAUGGCAGCCUGCUACUUGCACACUCCCCAGAUUUAACGGUGAGAGUUUCUUGAGGAGGAUGAAGGGGAAGAAAAUCCUGCUUGUAGGGGAUUCUCUAAGCCAUAACCACUGGGAGUCUCUGACCUGCAUGUUGCACGCUGCUCUGCCUCAAUCCAAUUACACUUUAGAGCAAAAAGGAGGCGUCACUACUUUUUUUAUGAUGGAUUACGGAGUUUCAUUGAGCCUGUCGCACAAUGUAUAUCUGGUAGAUAUAGUGAAAGAACAGAUAGGAUGGGUCUUAAAACUCGACUCCAUUGAAAAUGGCAAUUCAUGGAAGGGGUAUGAUGUGCUCAUCUUCAACACUUGGCACUGGUGGCUCCACAAUGAUACCAAUAAACCAUGGGACUACAUGGAAAUAGGAGGGAAAUUAGUGAAAGACAUGGAUCGUCUGGCUGCCUUUAAGGAAGGAUUAACCACUUGGUCAAAGUGGGUUGACUCAAAUAUUGACCCUACAAUUACCCAAGUAUUCUUUCAAGGCAUCUCUCCAACCCAUUACAGGGGGCAGGAGUGGAACGGGCUAGGAACAGCAACCUGUAAGGGAGAAACCACACCGGUGAAGGGUUCAAUAUAUCCCGGCGGCUCACCACCGGCGGUAGAUGUUGUAAAGGAGGUGUUGAGUAAAAUGUCGAAGGAGGUAACUUUGCUGGAUAUAACUACGUUGUCCCAGCUGAGGAAAGAUGGUCACCCGUCCAUUUAUGGCAUCGACGGCCAGAAUGGAAACGACUGUAGUCAUUGGUGUCUCGCAGGUGUUCCUGAUACUUGGAAUGAACUUCUCUUUGCAAUUCUUACUAAUCAGCAGAUCAGGAAACAUGUAAAACACUAAAAUUUUAGUCUGAUUCUAGAGCAGAUUAAGUUAUCAAUUACUUCAUUUCGGCUUUAUUUUUUUUUUUUCAAAACAAUUUUCAUGUGUUUUAAAAUUAAUUCCUUCUACUUUC